ACCACAUCCAACACGGAUGCUGCGAGUCCUGCCUUGCUUCCCGCCAGCCCUGGGCUAAGAAGAAGAUGCUGGGGCUUCAGUCGUGGCCUUGCUCAUUUUUCCUCUUCUUGGUUCUGCUCUCUGCCAGUGUUCAGACUGUGUCCUUACCAGGACAGAGGCUACAGAUGCUCCUUUCACGAUUGCUGCCCCUGGAGCCCGAGUCCACGCUGACCGAAGAGGACACAAAGGAGGGCUCCAGCUUUGGUCCUCAGCUGCUCUCCUCCACUCUCCCCUUCCUCCCAUCUGGGGCUAGAGCUGCCCGUCCAUCCCUCUGGCGCAAAAACCUUGCCAGUCGCAAGUGGGCACUGCCUGGAGAUUGGGCCUGGAAGGCCAUGCCCAGGGGUUGCUUUGGGCUGAAACUGGACCGAAUCGGGACCUUCAGUGGUUUGGGGUGUUAG